AUGACGGGUGGUCUUGAUAGGCUGGAGAAGUUCUUCAGCUCUUCCCGGAAGAGAGAAAAGGAUGUGCCGCAGAGGAGCGUGCCAUUGAGGGAUUUCGACUCUGUGCAAACAACAAGUCCAGGAACGGAUGCCAGAGAAACCACCGUCUUUCCUUCGCCAUCGUUUCUCAAGCCAACGUCAUCUCGUAUGCAACCGCGGGAUGAGGCACAGAAUGGCAAAGACAAGGCGAGAUCGCGAAGUCUUCCCGACGUGAAAAAGUCUAUAAGAGGACAAAUGUCAGGUAUCAAGUCUCUGGAUGUUGAGAGAAAGACCAGAAGUUACGAGCCUAGACCACAGUCCAUUCCCGAGAUACCAUCAACGCCUCCUCAUCUUUCAGGUUUCCGCUUCCCAGAAGACUCACUGUUCCGGUCCCCGAAAACUCCUGAUACUUCCAAAGGCUCGCCAGGCCGCAAUGACACGAGCAAUGAUGCUUUGGAGUCGUCAAGGUCGGACAAGGACGGCCACCAAUUGCUGGAUUGGUCUCCCCGGCGUAUUUCUCUCAUGUUCAAACCCAACGAGCUGUUGUCCAUGAAUCAGAAUCUUGGAUUGGCCUUGAACCAUGAAACCCCAGAGGACAAAACAUUAAUGCCGUCGCCAAUGUUUGCGGUGCCUGAACACCCACCCCCCAAAUCGCCCCUGCGAAGAAAAGGACUCAAGACGCCUCCGAGACCGCACACUGGACAGCCAUCGAAAAGCCAGCCAUGGGACUUUUCAAAGUUCCCAAGACAGUACUCUGUCAUCAACUCAUCCAUGUGCCAUACCUACUCCCCGCCAACGUCAGAUAGUGAAGAUGACCAAUCAACUAUUGUCACCAUCCGAUCAAAUAUCCAUAGCAAACUAAACGCGGAUGUCAGCUCCAAUAGCGACUUAUCGCCAAAGUCGCUCGUCACCAAAGGCCAGCAGCCCACGUCGGUUUCUGGACACAAGACUUCACGAGAAACCUGGGGCGUCAGGCGUGAUGAUCCCAACCUGUACACCUUGGAUUCCAAUGGCAGCCCCAUACCACGUCUACAUCUCGACAAGACAACCAAUGCGUCAGACUUCAUUGAGACGAGUUUUUCAGUUGUCAAGAAAAGAAUCCUAGAAGAGCCCACCAUCAAGGACAUAUAUGCACUAAGUGACGAGGAUAUUUUCGAGGCACGGCCGUUCACACCACCACCUUCCUACCCACCCCCUCCACCCCCUCCCCCUCCCAAAGAUGAAGUCCGGGUGCGCAUUCGGCGGAGGACGCUCACCACCUCGACCGUCGUCGCCGUCGCCGCCCCUGCCCAGCCGCGGCGCGUCCAUGCCGUCGACCCGACCAGCGGUGAAAUGACGCCGCCGGAAACGCCGGUGGACCUCCAGUUCCUGGCGCCUCUGCCCGCCGCGCGCCACUCUGCCUGGGAGCUCGGCGCCCUCAUGACGGCCGGCAUCGCCACAAAGUUCAACUUUGACUUGAUCUACCUCAUCAAGGUGUGGCCGAGUAGCGAAGGGAGUCGCCGCCAAGCGUCUUUAUCAAGGACUGCUUCUUGUGGCGCAACACCACAUCAUUCAGUAGUAGAGGUCAACAAGGGGAGUGGUGUGCUGUGUGGCGCUCCAUCUACAAGAGCGGAUAUCUGCACACAGUACCUCGCAGCGUUUGGCCUGGACCAGGUCGGCGAGCCCUUGCAGAUCCAGGCUCACGUGCUGCAAACGGCCCUGCAGACGGAUAGGUGGAGCGAGCUCGACGACCCGGCCGGUCCCUUCAGUCAUGGCUGGGCGUGCUCCUUGGCCAGCAAGCGAGCCUCGGUCCGGUCUCAAGAUGUGGCCGACAGAAAGUCCAUCAUGAUGGGGGGCGCAAAGAAUGCUGCCAACCGGGGCGUCGUGUUUGCCGCUUAUUCGAGGCGGCACAAUAAUACGGUACUCCCGAGGGAGUCACCGAGUACAACAAACUUCCUGGCCGAGCUGCGCGAUGAUGCAGAGAAACUCGCCAAGUUGGUUCUAGGAGAUUACUGA